ACAAGUCAAAGUGAAGAUGAGCACCACCAUGACAACACUGUGGGUUGUGCUGAGUCUGGCCGCUGCUGUUUCCUCGGCUCCGCUGUCAGACGUCCCCGAGCAGGAUGAAGAUUUAGCCCAGAAUUACCUGAAGACCUUCUUCAACCUGACGGAGGAGAGGGGUCCCGGUUCCAGGCGGGGGUUCGGCGCGCUCAGCAGGAAGCUGAGUGAGAUGCAGAGGUUCUUUGGUCUGAAGAUCACCGGAAUGCUGGACGGUGAAACCGUGGUGAUGAUGAAAAAGGCCCGCUGUGGCGUUCCGGACGGUCCCAUCGCGCGCUUUUCCACCUUUGGGAACGACUUGAAGUGGCAGAAGAAUAGUCUGACCUACCGAAUCGUGAACUACACGCCUGACAUGGCCCCGUCGGAGGUGGACAGCUCCAUUGACAAGGCUCUUCAGGUGUGGGCCAAGGUCACUCCUCUGGUAUUCACCAGGAUCUACAGCGGAACUGCCGACAUCAUGAUCUCAUUCGGCAGUCGAUCGCAUGGCGAUUACUACCCAUUCGAUGGCCGGGAUGGAACCCUCGCCCACGCCUUCGCCCCGGGGGUCGGGAUCGGAGGAGAUGCUCAUUUUGACGAAGACGAAAGGUUCACCUUCCGAACUGACCAAGGUUAUGUUCUCUUCAUGGUAGCCGCCCACGAGUUCGGCCACUCCUUGGGCUUGUCUCACUCCGACGACCCCGGCGCUCUCAUGUACCCUGUGUACUCAUACCGAAAUCCUGACACCUUUGUUCUGCCCCGUGAUGAUGUCAACGGCAUCCAGGCUCUCUAUGGUUCAAACCCUGUAAAAGAUCCAGCUGAUCCUCCUCCGCCCACCACCCCAGAUGCGUGUGACUCCACCAUGGUCCUGGAUGCCGUGGCCACUCUCCGAGGAGAGAUGCUCUUCUUUAAAGACAGCUUCUUCUGGCGUAGCUACCCUCAGAGCAACACGCCUCAGCAGAGCCUCAUCACCAACUUCUGGCCCAGCGCGCCAAGCAACAUUGAUGCCGCCUACGAAAGCAAAUACUCAGACCGACUCUAUAUAUUCAAAGGUCGUAGAGUCUGGGCUUUCUCCGGCUACACCCCGGUACGCGGUUAUCCAAAGAAGCUAACCAGCUUCGGUCUGCCGCGGAAUAUCAAGAAUGUCAAUGCUGCUCUGUAUGAUGUGGAAUCUGGCAAGACCUUGUUCUUUGUUGGCGACUACUACUACAGCUACGAUGAGGCCAGACGGAGGAUGGAUUCUGGAGGCCCACAGCGUGUUGAUUCUCUCUUCUAUGGACUGGUCAACCCAGUGUCUGCAGCUUUCCAGUACCAAAGUUUCACCUACAUCUACAACGGACCCUACAUGUUUGAGUACAGCCUCCGCAGCAAGAGACUCUUCCGGGUUCUGCGGAACAGCUACUUCCUGCGCUUCAUGCAUCUUUCUCUGCUGUUUUCCUCCAACAUUGACCCACAUCCCGCAAUGAACCCAACGUCUGUGCAGUGGAGAUCCGGACCUGUUGGUCUUAUUGGAAUAAAAAUGUGGCUCUUCAGCGUGGUGAUUUUCCUGAUGGCUGGUGUCUGUAGAGCAGCUCCGACCACUGCUGCUCCUGAGCAAGAAGAACCCACAGAAGUCCCCUCGCUUAACACCUCUCUCUCGGAGGAGGACGUCUUUAAAGCCAAGGAGUAUCUGUCCGCCUUUUUCUCUGAAGUGGGCGUCGCCGCCCCAAACAGUACCUGGCGCAGCGCUCUGGAUUCCUUUGAAGAGACUCUGAAAAAGAUGCAAGAGUUUUUUGGUUUGGAGGUGAGCGGACAGUUGGACACCAACACCCUCCAGGUGAUGGAGCGCCCGCGCUGCGGUUUCAACGACGUCACCAGAUACAGUCACUUUGAUGGGCAACCCAGGUGGGACAAGCCUGUGGUCACGUACAGGAUCACCAAGUACACCCCAGACCUAAGCCGGACGGAAGUGGAUGACACCAUCGCCAAGGCUCUGAGAGUAUACAGUGAUGUCAUACCACUGGACUUUAAGCAGAUAUACGCUGGUACUGCUGACAUCAUGAUUUUAUUCCAGGCUCAAGACCAUGGAGAUUUUGCGCCGUUUGAUGGGCCGAAUGGAGUCCUGGCUCAUGCGUUCUCUCCGGGGGAAGGGAGAGGCGGCGACGCCCACUUUGACGAAGAUGAAAACUGGAGCGUCACCGCGCCAGAGGCCAACCUGUUUUUGGUGGCGGCCCAUGAGCUGGGCCACGCUCUGGGUUUGGCGCACUCCCAGGACCAGACGGCCCUGAUGUUUCCUACCUACCAAUAUGUGAACACGGAGGGAUACGAGCUGCCGAGUGACGACAGAAAGGGAAUCCAAGCCAUUUAUGGUAGGGCUGAUGUUUUCGUAACAAUUCUCCAGUUAAAUAUUUCCUGUCCUUCAACAGGGGUCAGAGAUUCGAGACCUCAACCAACGAGUUUGCCAACGCUGGGGCCUGCUGUCGACAGAUGUAGCCCCACUCUCUCCUUCGAUGCCAUCACGCCGAUACGGAGCAGACUUUACUUUUUUAAAGACAACUACGUCUGGCGGAGGAGCAGCGGCUGGGACGGCGUCUCACGGAAGAGAAUCAGCUCGGUCUGGUCUGGGAUCAAGAGAGUGGAUGCAGCCUAUCAGUAUGACGGCUACGUUUUCUUCUUCGAAGGAAACCGCUACUGGAAGAUGAUUGGAAAAGCCAUCCUCCCUGGUUACCCAAAACCUCUCAGCGACCUUGGAUUUCCCGCCUAUGUGACCAAGGUCGACGCAGCGGUCCAUGUUUCUUUUGUGGGCAAAACUCUUUUCUUUGUCAAAAAUCGCUUCUGGAGCUACAUUGAAAGAAGAGGCAGAAUGGACCUGGGAUUCCCAAAAUUCAUAUUCAUUGACCUCCCUGGGAUUGGAUUUAGGGUGGAUGCUGCUUUUGAAUUCGGAGGCUACUUGUACUUUUCAUCUGGAUCCAGACAAACCGAGUACGACUACCCAAGAAGAAGAGCAAUCCGAAGUAUUCCCAACUACAAAUGGAUGGACUGCUAUUAAGCGCACAAGUGGAGUUUGAUAUUCUUUCGGAUCUCUGUUAGUUUUUACUGUCACACGUGUUUCAGCCUCCAGAACGGUGUUAUUACAGGUCAGGCCGAUUGAAAACAGUCAUGAGUCAUGGAUCAAGUUAUCUGUGCCAUAAAGUUUUAUUAGUUUUUAGAGUCAUAGUCAAUUGCCUUUACAACAGAAGCUGCACUGAAAAGCCAUUGAUCAGUGUCAUACUGUACAUACAUGCCUGACAUUAUCACAGUAGGACAUGGGACACAUGAGCAUCGCUUUGAGUCACAGUGAGUGUGUAAUCCAUCCUGUAAGGAAACACAAUGAUGAGCGGGUUAUUCGACUGUAAAUAUUAGCUGGCAAAUACACAACACUUGCGUGUGCGGUGGAGUUUAAUGCACUCGUGAUUUCUUUGCACUUCUACUCUGUUUGUUUUUAUUGACACCUGUUUUUACCUUAUGUAUUUCAAUGAACAAUUAUUUUGAGUGGAAA